AUGUCAAAUCUCAAAGAGGCUGAUGAGGCCAUUACCUCGUCAUCCGAUCCUGAAUAUGGCAGCAAGAAGUCCAUCGGGUGGCUAGAUCACCUUUGGGGCAAACCGAUGGAUCUGAAUGAGAUCGACGUGAGCUCGCCUACUUUUCUACUCCUCAACCUUACUAAACUCACACCUAUCUGCAGACUUAAUUACUCCAACGCGUAUGGCCUGCAAGAAGACACUCAUAUGGUCGGUAAUGACUAUUCAUGGGUCUCGUCUGCCUUGUACUUUGGUUGGCUCGUGGGUGCAUAUCCUUGGCAGGUCCUUUUGCAAAGAUACCCCGUUGGAAAGCUGAUUGGAGUGAUGCUAUUUGUCUGGGGCAGUGUUUGUAUGCUUCAGGCAGCCGUCUUCAACUUCGCGGGAUUCUUCGCCAUACGUUUCUUCCUUGGCCUUCUAGAGGCAGUUGUCUCCCCAGCUUUUAUCAUGUUGACAUCUAUGUUAUGGACUCGUGAGGAGCAAAGUCUCCGAAGCUCUUAUUGGCUAUCUGUGAACGGCAUUUCUGCAAUCGUUGGUGCCCUUCUGGCCUAUGGGGCGGGCCAUGCUACGGGACUGGCAGUUCCACAGUGGAAGCUGAUUUACCUCAUAGUUGGUGCAAUGACUAUCGCAUGGGGCUUUGUUGUCUACUUUUACUUACCGGAUGGCCCUCACAACGUCAAAAUGUUAACCGAAUAUGAGCGGGUCGUUGCUGUAUGGCGAAUCUCUCGCAACAAAACCGGUCUGAAGCAUCCCAAAAUUGUACCAUCUCAAAUUAAGGAGGCACUCCUCGAUCCAAGACAGUGGCUUCUGUACCUGAUGGCGAUUUGCUAUGGCCUUCUCAACGGCGGUGUGGCAAAUUUCCUUGCUGCGAUAGUGGAGGGAUUUGGAUACAGUCCCCUACGUACAAGCCUGUUGCAGACUCCCGUGGGCGCCUUCGAGUUAGUGAUGGUCAUUUCGUUUGGCUAUCUCUCAAAGCUGCCCAACAUGCUAGGCGCAACUAUUGUUCUGUCGUGUAUUCCCGGGCUUGCAGGGCUGAUCGGCAUUUUGAAAAUCAACAUUGAACACAGAUUCGCGCUUGUCGGCAUGUGUUGGUUACAGGGUAUUCUCGGUGCCCCGGUUAUUUUGAAUUGGACACUUACAGGUCUCAACACUGCGGGUCACACCAAGCGCAGCGCUGUGCUCGGUAUAUAUUUUGUGCUUUAUUGCGCUGGAAACAUUGCAGGGCCUCACUUUUUCCUUGCGUCAGAGGCGCCAAGAUACCCUACCGCCAUCAAAGGUCUUGCUGGUUCAUACGCGGGAGCGAUGGGUCUUCAGAUCAUCUACACUUGCUAUUGCUUGUUUGAGAAUAGGAAUAAGGAGAGGAAAGGUCUUCUGCAUAGAACAACUUCUACAGAGGAGGCAAUGGAGGGUUUUGAAGAUCUCACUGACAAGCAGAACCAACAUUUCAGGUACCGCAUAUAG